CGGAGGAAGGGGCAUGGGGGUCAUGAGAAGCGGCAGGAGUGGUUAUUCCUACUUGUUCGAUGGCCUCUGUUGUUCUUCAUCUUCCUCUUCAUAAUGUGCGAGUUCGGGCUCUAUGUCAUUAUUCGUCAGUUGGUCAAUGCGAAGGAGUGGUUAUUGGCAUGGCGUGGCCGGAAGGGGCAGCUGAGGAAGAGGCUGAGAGCAGCUACUACAUAUCAGGAAUGGAAGGAUGCAGCUGAAGUCUUAGACGGGUAUCUCGAUUUCAAUGAAUGGAAACGGGUUGAUGAGGAUCCAUACUACGAUUGGAGGCUUGUGCGGAAGGUCAAGCGCUCUCUGAAGACAUUGAGGGAGAGAAACGAUGCGAGAGGGGUGCUGGGAGUACUAGAAACAUGCAUGCGUAGUAACUUUGCGGGGGUCGAGUCAGCAAGGUCAACGUUCUAUGGUACGAAGGACCUCUUAGAAUCCUACAUCCUGGAACAGGAGAAGGCUCUGGGAUAUAUCCGGGAGACACACCUGUUGUCAACUGAUGAGAAGAGACGGUUUUUCAAGAGUGCAAAUACAAAUCUAGGCUUGACGGCGCUCUGUCUCUCCGGCGGCGCUACUUUCGGAUAUUGUCAGUACCACUUUGGUGUUGCGAAGGCGUUCUUGGAUGCAGAGCUCUUGCCACGGGUCAUCGCAGGCACAUCGGCAGGAGGGCUCGUGGCGGCUCUUAUCUGUACACGGACCGACAUCGAGUUGAGUAGGCUUUUGGUACCGGAGUUGGCGAAUAAAAUCUCCGCAUGCGAAGACCCAUUCCAGAUAUGGUUCAAGCGCUUCUGGGUUACAGGCGCCAGGUUCGAUAGUCUGGCAUGGGCAAAGAAGGCUUGCUGGUUUACUCGUGGUUCGAUGACUUUUCGGGAAGCAUACGUGAGGACUGGCCGCGUGUUGAAUAUUUCCGUCAUCCCUGCGGACCGUCACUCACCUACCAAGCUGCUGAAUUAUUUUACAGCUCCAGACACUAUCAUUUGGAGUGCCCUGUUAGCUUCCGCAGCUGUUCCCGGCAUUAUAAAUCCGGUAGUACUGAUGCAAAAACUCAAGGACGGUCGGAUUGUUCCCUGGAACUGGGGUAGCAAAUUCAAGGACGGGUCGCUCAGGGUUGAUAUCCCCGUUCAGUCUUUGAAUCUAUAUUUCAAUGUCACCCAUCCGGUGGUCUCCCAGUCAAAUCCGCACGUUCACUUGUUCUUUUUUGCGCCGCGUGGUUCUGCAGGGAAGCCCGUUGCCCAUAGGAAGGGCAAAGGCUGGAGAGGCAACUUUUUGUUGUCUGCUGCAGAACAAUGGCUGAAACUGGAACUCACGAAGAACUUCAAGCUGAUUCGCGACCUUGAACUACUUCCUCAACUACUGGGACAAGAUUGGUCGAGUGUAUUUUUGCAACGGUUUGAUGGAACAGUAACGAUUUGGCCUAGGACGCGCUUCAUGGAUUGGAUCAGGAUACUCAGUGAUCCGGACCCUCAGGAGCUCGCUAGAAUGCUACAUGUGGGGCAGAUAGUUACUUGGCCAAAACUACAUAUGAUCGAGAAUAGGUUACGGUUGGAGCGGCAAAUCUUUCUAGGGCGACAA